CAGAGUGCACGCGGGCCGAUUCUACAUUGUGUGUGCUACACAAUCUCACAAGUUAGCUGCACAGUAAACAUUUGGGCAUUUUCGGUGCAAACGUUGUGGAAAAUAUGGCGGAAUCGCAGGAAGACAAGUUGUAUAAAGCCGAAUACGCGAAAAGUGGACGUGCAUCUUGUAAGAAAUGCAAAGAGAACAUUGCGAAGGAUUCCUUGAGGAUGGCUAUUAUGGUGCAGUCUCCCAUGUUUGACGGGAAGGUUCCCCACUGGCAUCACUUCUCCUGUUUUUGGCUGAGGGCUGCUGCCCAGAGCACGGCGGACAUCGCCGGCUAUAACGACCUCAGGUGGGACGACCAGGAGAAAGUCAAGAAGGCCAUCGAGAGCGGAGGAGCUACAGGUAAAGGAGACCAGAAGGGAGCAUCUAAGGGAGAGAAGACUCUCAAUGACUUUGCUGUGGAGUAUGCCAAGUCCAACAGGAGCACCUGCAAAGGCUGUGAACAGAAGAUCGAGAAGGACCAGAUACGUGUGUCCAAGAAAACGGUUGACCCAGAGAAGCCACAGCUGGGCCUGAUUGACCGCUGGUACCACACGGCCUGCUUCGUAUCACGCCGCGCGGACCUGGCCUUCAAGCCCGAGUACAGCGCCGCACAGCUCAAGGGGUUCGCGACCCUCAGAGCCGAGGACAAGGAGGAACUCAAGACCAGACUUCCCGCCGUCAAGACAGAGGGGAAAAGAAAGGGAGAUGAGCCCGAUGGAGCGGGGGAGCCGAAAAAAUUGAAGAAGGAGGAAGAGGAGAACAAGAAACUGGAGACACAGCUCAAGGAACAGUCCCAGCUGAUCUGGGGCAUCAAGGACAAGCUGAAGAAGUUCUGCUCCACCAACGACAUGAAAGAGCUGCUCAUCGCCAACGGACAGGAAGUGCCCUCUGGAGAGUCCAACAUCGUGGACUGCCUGGCGGACUGCAUGGCAUUCGGUGCUCUGAAAGAGUGUGAGGAGUGUCACGGUCAGCUGGUCUUCAAGAGCGAUGCCUACUACUGCACUGGAGAUAUCUCCGCAUGGACCAAGUGUGUAUUCAAGACACAAACGCCCAACCGCAAAGACUGGACCACACCCAAGGAGUUCCAUGAGGUGUCGUUCCUGAAGAAGUUUAAGUUUAAGCGUCAGGAUCGCAUGUACCCCAAAGAGGCCCCUCCUCCUCCUCCCACCUCUGCCACUGCAGCCUCCGCACCCAGCCACUCGGCCAAACCACUGCCAGAGGCCCCACCCGCAGAUAAGCCCCUGUCUGGUCUGAAGCUGCUGGCGGUGGGUAAGCUGAGUAAGAAUAAGGACGAGCUGAAGGCAGCAGUGGAGCAGCUCGGGGGCAAGAUCACUGGAACCGCCACUAAAGCUACACUAUGCAUCAGCACACGCAAGGAGGUUGAGAAGAUGAGUAAGAAGAUGGAGGAGGCUAAGGAGGCCGGCGUUCGAGUUGUGAGUGAAGAUUUCCUCCAGGACAUCCAGGGCUCGGGCAAGAGCCUCCAGGAGCUGCUCUCCCUCCACGGAAUCUCCCCCUGGGGGGCUGAGGUCAAACUCGAGACCCAGGCUCCAUCUGCGGCCUCCAAGUCCACCGGAGCCCCUGCAGCCAAGAGCACAGGCAGGGUGAAGGAGGAGGAAGGAAGCAGUAAGUCCAAGACCAUGAAGCUGACAGUGAAGGGAGGAGCUGCAGUGGACCCAGACUCGGGUCUUGAGAACUGUGCCCAUGUGUUGGACCAGAACGGAGCGAUCUACAGCGCCACCCUUGGUCUGGUGGACAUAGUGCGCGGAACAAACUCCUACUACAAGCUACAGCUGCUGGAGGACGACGUACAGAAAAGGUACUGGGUGUUCCGUUCGUGGGGACGAGUGGGUACCACCAUCGGGGGCAAUAAGCUUGACAAGUUCUACGAGAAGAACUCUGCGAUCGACAACUUCAGAACCGUGUACCAGGAGAAGACCGGCAACAUGUUCGGAUCCUCCUCAUUCAACAAAUACCCAAACAAGUUCUACCCACUGGAGAUAGAUUACGGACAGGAUGAGGAGGCAGUGAAGAAGUUGACUGCUAGUGCGGGCACAAAGUCCCAGCUGGCCAAACCAGUACAGGAGCUCAUAAGGACCAUAUUCGAUGUGGAGAGCAUGAAGAAAGCCAUGGUGGAGUUCGAGAUCGACCUACAGAAGAUGCCACUGGGGAAACUGAGCAAAAGACAGAUACAGAACGCCUACGCACUACUCAGCGAAGUACAACAGGCGGUGUCUGACAGUGCGUCUGAGUCCACCAUUUUGGAUCUCUCCAAUCGCUUCUACACGCUGAUCCCCCACGACUUCGGCAUGAAGAAACCCCCACUGCUGAGCAACCUAGACUACAUCCAGGCUAAGGUGCAGAUGCUGGAUAACCUGUUGGAUAUCGAGGUGGCCUACAGUCUAUUGAGGGGCGGAGCUGAGGAUAACAGGAAGGACCCAAUAGACAUCAACUACGAGAAACUAAACACACAAAUAGAGGUGGUUGACAAGUCCACACAUGAAGCUCAAGUCAUCUUGGAUUAUGUGAAGAACACACACGCUGCUACACACAACACCUACACACUGGAGGUGGAGGAGAUCUUCAAGGUGGUGCGUGAUGGUGAGUAUCAGCGUUUCCGUCCGUUUGAGGAGCUUCAUAACCGGCAGCUGCUGUGGCACGGCUCCCGCGCUACCAACUACGCUGGCAUCCUGUCACAAGGGUUACGCAUCGCACCCCCCGAGGCACCCGUGACGGGUUACAUGUUUGGUAAAGGUGUAUAUUUCGCUGACAUGGUGUCCAAGAGUGCCAACUACUGUCACACGUCACAGUCCAACCCUGUGGGACUCAUACUGCUCGCAGACGUCGCUCUGGGUAACAUGCACGAAUUGAAGAAGGCCUCUCACAUCACUAAGCUACCCAAGGGCAAACACAGUGUUAAAGGUGUGGGCCGCACGGCUCCUGACCCCAGUGCUACAGUGAAGCUGGAUGGAGUAGAAGUCCCCCUGGGUAAAGGCACCAACACCAACAUUGACGACACCAGCCUGCUGUACAACGAGUACAUUGUAUACGACGUGGCGCAGGUGAACCUGAAAUACCUGCUGAAGAUCCGCUUCAACUACCAGACCUCCCUCUGGUAAGGGGGUACCUGACGCCUGACCUCUGAGCUGAACUUUUUUACCUCCACACAGUCUCUCCCAGGACAUGACCACUCACACAGCGCCCCCUACACCCCAAGACUACACACACACACGCACGUUCUGCUUCAUCCUCUGUUUUACUGUGUAUGUGGCUUAUAGGCCUGCUACUCGUUUUGGGUUUGCAUAGCUCACCACUGGUGACCGCUGGAAGUCCUACACCCCCACACAAACACACAGGCUCUAGUGUGUGUCUGAACCACCCCUAUUUCUGCAAGUCCAGUGUGUCAUGAGACACGCUAGUUUUCAUUCCCCAAACGGUUCUCUGGGUGAGAAGAGCUGCUCACCCCAAGAAUGGGACCUACCUGACACACACACACACACACACACACACACACACUUCUCCCAUCUCCCAGAGACUAGAGUCUUCCAUUGCAUUGGUCUUCCAUCCAGACUCGCUUCAGAGGUUACCGUAAAACCUAGCAACAGUUUCCGGUAACGCUUUAGAAUAAGGUUCUUCUAAUA